AUGUGCGUGGAUUUUCGCAAAUUAAAUGAAGUGACUGUUAAAGACCAAUUCCCACUUCCACGUAUAGACGACUACAUAGAUCGAUUAGGUCAUAACAGGUACUUCACCAGUCUUGAUAUGGCUAUUGGUUUCCACCAGAUCCCAGUCAGCGAGGGGUCCAUUCCACUCACGGCAUUUGUCACGCCGGAGGGGCAUUUCGAAUAUCUAACAAUGCCUUACGGCCUAGCCAAUGCUCCGGUUGUGUAUCAGCGUAUCAUAUCGAAAACUCUCCGAAAGUUUAUUGAUUCUGGUGAUGUGCUUGUAUAUAUCGACGAUGUGCUGAUAUUGAGUAGAACAAUAGACCUGGAUUUUGACCUUUUGCACCAAGUUUUGACAGCCCUGACUGAAGCGGGGUUUUCGGUUAAUUUAAAAAAGUGUUCUUUUCUAACAGAAGAAAUUGAGUACCUAGGACGUAAAAUUAGCCAGGGUCAGGUACGACCGAGCCCUAACAAAGUCAAAGCCUUGGUCGAGUCCCCAGAACCGAAAAAUGUGAAACAGGUUCGCCAGUUCUUGGGUUUAGCCAAUUAUUUUCGCAGAUAUAUACCAAAUUUUGCUCAAAAGUCUACCUGUAUAACAGCUCUAACUAAAAAGGGGGUUGAAUUUAACUGGGGCAAGGAACAACAGACUGCGCGUAAUGAACAAAUUGAAUGCCUAACUGGCGAGCAUGUUCUCGCAGUAUAUGACCCGUCCUUGCCGAUUGAAGUCCAUACGGACGCGAGUUCCGUCAGAUACGGGGCUAUUUUGCUGCAAAUGCACGAGGGUGGCCACAGGCGAGUGGUUGCUUAUUUCAGUAAGCUCACACAAGGGGCCGAGAAUAGGUAUCACUCGUACGAGCUUGAAACCCUUGCAGUUGUAAAAAGCAUUGCAGCAUUUUCGACUUUAUCUUGUGGGUGUGCGUUUUACUGUAGUUACGGAUUGUAA